AUGUACGAUGCAUUCGAGAGACAUAGUAACUCGCUGUUCGCCGAAGACACCAAGACUGUAGACAGCGCUAGAAAGAUGAUCAUUAAAAUCGUGAACUCAUUGGGUGCGAAAACAGAGAUAGGCGCACCUAUGGCAGCGUUGUACUUGUUGGGCAACCCUGACAAGUAUAGCAGCCACGAGUUUGUCAAUUUCUACUGGAAGAACUAUGUCAAUUACGUGCGCCGGGAAUGGGACAAGCUGCUCGAUAGAAUGGAGAUGGACGAGGAAGAUGAUGGUGCUCGCGAGGAGACGGAGAAUGUGUGCAUGUACGACGAGAGGGAAAGAGAAGCGGAAGGCAACACCUUCUCCAUUGAAGAUAACGAGCCAGUUAUGGCAGCUGGAGGACGUAUCGGUGUACGAAUGGGUGCAAUGCUCGGUUAG